AAGUAAUCCGAACAAUAUGUUAUGAUUGUUCGUAUUGCAGAAACGUCGCCCGAAGCUGUUAGAGCGUUAUUGUUAAGAUGUUUGCCGUAUAAUAUGGCCAGAUCCGACUCUUCAUGAGAGGAUUGCUGUGAAGGAAAUCUGAUUAACGCUUAGUUUCCCCCACAGGGGUAAAUCCCCGGCGAACAUGUGCAAGAGGAAGUCACGUACUCCGCCUCUAGUGACGCACGGAUUUGUAUUUUUGAAGUUUGUUGGACGUCUUCCUGCUAGGAUGGUUAUGUACUGAGCUGUCACGAAUUCAAAUCAUUUGCAUAUCUCAGAAAUGGACAAUGAAUUCGAAAAGAAAUCCAUUCGUGAAAACUUUCUCGAAAGACGAAGAUGUGCAAUGCAGGUGUCUACUCUCAACGCUGCCAGCAAAGUCGUCGCCGCGGACAUGCGCAAAGGACAGAAUGAAAUGCGACGUCGCCUCCAGAAAUACAGAGACAGACAAAGGGAGAUAAGCGAGAAGAAAGACGGUCCACUGGCGAUCACAAUGGAAGAAUUUCUCGAAAGACAAAUGAGACUACAGAAAUUAAAAACUUCAAUCACCUGUCGUCCACUUUCAUCGCCCCUAAUUCAGCGCAUGAGCAAAUUAAUAAAUGAAGCAGAAUUGGAAAAAGACGACGAACAAUUCAACAUGGAUGCUUUUACAGACAGACGUCGGACCAAAAUUGACCUUCGACCCAGUACUGCGGUCACGUGUCCGUCUAGGUUGAGCAUCCGUCAGCAAUCGAAGCGUGGGGCGAGCAUAUCGACGGGUCAGAAAGAAGUUCGCUAUUACGAAGAUGAAGAAAUAAGGGAUCGAGCAACCUUUUAUUCACAGCUCCUGCACCUUCGGAAAAAGCAAGAACAAGACCGUUUCCAAGAUAUAUCAAAUAAGGUUGACACGUUCUGUGGAAAACACCCACACACUGAAGGCGAGGAAACAUGGCGCCCUAUGGGCGAGGCUUUGUAUAUGAAUACUAAAUACAACAAAUCAUGGGUGAAACCCAUAUCCCGACCCCCUGGGUCUCGACCCUUAUCUGGUAGUAACAUUGGAAUCCAGCGGCCACGAAGGGUCAGCACUGCCCCUUCCACGCGGACAGCAUGGACUGACCAUUACACGAUACCCGAGCUGCGGUCAGUGUAUGAUGACUAGAGUCUGUAAGGGUGGGAUGAAAACUGAUUGCGUGUUUUGAGAAUAUAUGUUACGGCAUGUCUACGAAUAAUUAUUUGCAAUAUUUUUUGCCAAAUGUACGAUACCUUGGUUAUGAUUUUUAGAGUCAGAAUGGGUGGUAUGAACAUUGAUGACGUACUUUGAGAAUAUAUGCAUGUCAACCAAUAUUUGUUUGCAAUAUCAUUUGCCAAAUGUACAUGGUAAUGAUCUCUUGGUGUCCGUCCUCAGGUUUCCGCAUAUAUAUGUUCGACUUAUGUAUCAAUGAAGCUAUUGAAUGAAUAUUUUUUAUAGAGCUCUCGAGUUGAUAAUUAUUGGAUAUGGAAAUAAAAGCGACUGAACCCUUUCCAUUGUGAUAGGAAAUCUCUGCUGAAACCAGAGUUGAUUGUACGAUUCCGACUUUAUCAUAAGCAUGUGUUUAUAAAUCUCUUUCAAAUAGUGAUGAUACCAGUGUUUGCGAAAUGUUGGGCGUAACUUGCCCCAUUGGUGCCACCCGCCACAAGCACAUGCAAAGGCAAGUCAACUGUUCCCCUGAAAAAAGCAUGGGAAUAGUUGUUAGAAGUCAAACUGUGAAUUGCAUCGGACGUAUUUUUCGUCACCGAUGCGUCGGAAUAUUAUUUUGUGCCGACUGUUAAAGUAAAUUUGGUUUCAGUAAACAAAGACGGAUCAGAUCAUUAUUAA